GUUUAAGAGAAGGGGAAUUCUCGCUCCCUCUCUCUCCCUCUCUCUCUCUCUCUCAGCUGCCACCUCCUCACGAGCUCCAGCAUCAGCAGGCUCUUUGGGUGGAUGGAAUAGAGAAGAAAAGGCAGACGGACUGACAGAGCUACAGAGAGAGAGAGACGCAAGGCGUGCACACACACACAUACACACAGUCACACACACACAGAUCAGGAAAAAAACUCCUUUGAGCUGAUUCCUUCAGCCCCAACACAUGCCCUUGUUUUAUCAGUAAAAAAAAUAUUCCAGAGAAUCACGUUGUCUGAACUUGCACUGUGGGAUUCUUCGGGUGGAGAGACCGACAGCCGUCUUCAGAGGACACAGAGUUGAACACCCUCCCUCCCCCACCUUUUUUAAGGAAGACUCACGCUGCGUUCUUGUCCACCUGGCUGUCGCGCGACCGGGUGAAGGUAGCUCAGUAUGGGGAAGCGAGGCCUCAUCCUGGGCUGUUUGGCCGCUGCGCUCCUGUUCCAGCUCGGCAGCGCCGGCCUGGUGAAGAAGGUGAUCCGCCACCGGCGCGAAGCCCUGAUGCCCAAAAACGCCGCCGAGAACGUCUCGCUGCCCAGCCCCGACCAGCCCGUCGUCUUCAACCACGUCUACAACAUCAACGUUCCCGGCGGCUCCCUCUGCUCCGUGGACCUGGAGUCCCCCGGCGGGAGUGAGCCCAAGCUGAGGGACGCACCCGCCCCCACGGAGGUGCACACCAUCGACCACACCCUGGACGGGGACAACCAGAUCGUCUUCACCCACCGCAUCAACAUCCCGCGCCAGGCCUGCGGCUGCGACAGUCACCUGCCCGAGCUGAAGGACCUGCUGGCCCGGCUGGAGAUGCUGGAGGCUGAGGUGUCCAGCCUAAGGGAACAGUGUACCAGCGGAGCCGGGUGCUGCGGGGCGCAGGUCACAGGCGAGGUGGGGACCAAGCCCUACUGCAGCGGCCAUGGCAACUACAGCACGGACAGCUGCAGCUGCGUGUGUGAGCCGGGCUGGAAGGGCGCUAACUGCUCGGAGCCGGAGUGUCCCGACGACUGCCAGGACCAGGGCCGCUGCGUGGACGGCAAGUGCGUGUGCUUCGAGGGCUUCACGGGUGAGGACUGCGGGAUUGAGCUGUGCCCUGUGGACUGCGGUGAGCACGGCCAGUGCAUCGACGGGGCCUGCGUGUGCGCGGACGGGUAUACCGGAGAGGACUGCUCGCAGGCGGAAUGCCUGAACGGCUGCCUGGGGCGGGGCCGCUGCGUGGACGGGGAGUGCGUCUGCGACGAGCCCUGGACCGGGUUCGACUGCUCCGAGCUCAUCUGCCCCAACGACUGCUUCGACCGGGGCCGCUGCGACAACGGCACCUGCCACUGCGACGAGGGCUUCACCGGGGACGACUGCGGCAUCAAGACCUGCCCCAACGACUGCAACAACCGCGGCUUCUGCGUGGACGGCAAGUGCGUGUGCAGCGCCGGCUACACGGGCGACGACUGCUCCAAGCUCACCUGCCCCAACGACUGCAACGAGCGCGGGCACUGCUUCAACGGCAUGUGCAUCUGCGACCCCGGUUUCCAGGGUAACGACUGCGGCGAGCUCUCCUGCCCUGACAACUGCAACAACAGGGGGCGCUGCAUCGAAGGGGAGUGUGUGUGCGACGUCGGGUACCAGGGCGAAGACUGCUCCGAGCUCUCCUGCCCCAACAACUGCCUGAACCGUGGCCGCUGCGUCAACGGCCAGUGCGUCUGCAAAGAGGGCUUCGCCGGCGAGGACUGCAGCAUCAAGACCUGCCCCAACGACUGCUACGGCCGCGGGGAGUGCGUCGACGGGAAGUGCGUCUGCUACGCCGGCUUCGCCGGGCGCGACUGCAGCGUGCUGACCUGCCCCAAUAACUGCCGCAACCGCGGGCGCUGCGUCAACGGCCAGUGCAUCUGCAAAGAGGGCUUCGCCGGCGAGGACUGUGGCCAGAAGACCUGCCCCAAUAACUGCCGGGACCGGGGCUACUGCGUGGACGGCAAGUGUGUCUGCCUGGAGGGCUUCACGGGCCGCGACUGCGGGGAGCUCACCUGCCCCGCCAGCUGCAACGACAGGGGGCGCUGCGUCAACGGCAUGUGCGUCUGCGACGAGGGCUUCGUGGGGGACGACUGCGGGGAGCUGGGGUGCCCCGACAACUGCAACGACAGGGGGCGCUGUGUCAACGGCAUGUGCAUCUGCGACGAGGGCUACAUCGGAGAGGACUGCUCCGAAGUCUCCCCACCCAAGGACUUGAUGUGGACGGAGGUGAACCCGGAGACGGUGAACCUCACCUGGGUGAACGAGAUGACCGUGACGGAGUACCUGAUCACCUACGCGCCCACGGCGCCCGGCGGGCUGGAGAUGGACAUACGCGUGGCGGGCGACAAGAAGGCCGCCACCAUCCGGGAGCUGGAGCCGGGCGUGGAGUACCUGGUCAGCGUCUACGCCGUCCUCAACAACAAGAGGAGCGUCCCCGUCAGCGCCAGGGUGGCCACACAUCUCCCGGAGCCUGAGGGUCUGAAGUUUAAAUCAGUGAGGGAGACCUCUGUGGAGGUGCUCUGGGACCCCCUGGACAUCCCCUUCGACGGCUGGAACCUCAUCUUCAGAAACACUAAAGAGGAGAAUGGGGAGAUUCUCAACGCCCUGUCGCCCCCGGAGACCACCUUUGAGCAGUCGGGGCUGGGACCCGGGCAGGAGUACGAGGUCAAGCUCCAUGUGGUGAAGAACAACACCCGAGGACCUCCCGCGAGCAAGAACGUCAUCACAAAGAUUGAUGGCCCCAGCCAGGUCGAGAUUCGAGACGUGACGGACUCCUCGGCUCUGAUCACCUGGUUCCAGCCUGUGGCACAGGUGGACGGGAUCACGGUGUCGUACGGGCCGAGCGCAGAUACGAGCAGGAAGACGGUGAACCUGCCGUCCGUGGAGACGCAGUACCAUGCCGACGGCCUCGAACCCGACACCGAGUACGAGGUGUCGCUCAUGUCCACCAGGGGCGGGAUGACUAGCGAACCCGUGUUCGAUACCUUUACCACAGACCUGGACCCCCCUCGGGAGCUCCGCACAGUGGCGCAGACAGAUGAGAGCAUCACUCUGGAGUGGCGGAACAGCAGGGCGGACAUCGAAAACUACCGCGUCAAGUACGGCCCCCUCUCCGGGGGCGGGCACGGGGAAAUGCUAUUCCCCGCCGGACCGCGGGACACCACGCGAGCCGAAAUCACCGGUCUGAAGCCAGGGACGGAGUACGGCAUGGGGGUGACGGCAGUGAAGGAGGAGAGGGAGAGCUUACCCACCACCACAAACGCCGCGACUGAGCUGGACCCUGCCACAGACCUGGAGGUGAACGCGGUCACCGAGACCACGCUCAUCCUGGUGUGGAGGAGGCCCGAGGCCAAGAUCGACUCCUACAAGCUGACGUACGUGUCAGCGGACGGCAGGAGAACGGAGGUCCAGGUGCAGGGCGGCGCCACCACCGCCACCCUGAGGAACCUGGUGCCCGGCAUGCUCUACACCAUCACCCUGGUAGCACAGAGGGGCCGGCAGAGAAGCAGCCCCGCCUCCAUCUCCGCCUCCACAGAGGAGGAGAAGCCGGUACUGGGUAAUCUCACCAUCUCCGACGUGUCCUGGGACAGCUUCAAUGUGUCCUGGAGCCCGGAGGAGGGCGAGUUUGAGGGCUUUCUGAUUGAGCUUACAGAUUUAGAGGGGAGUGACUGUCAGAACCACACCCUCCCCGGCAACGCCCGGACUCUGGGCGUCGCCCACCUCAUCCCCAGCACCACUUACAGUAUCACUGUGUAUGGGGUGUUCCGGGGUAACCUGUUAGAACCCUCCUUUGCUGAGGCCACCACAGAGGCUGAACCAGAAGUGGAGGACCUUCUCGUAUCGGACGUCACGCCUAACAGUUUCCGACUGUCAUGGAAAGCCGAAGAGGACGUCUUUGAUAGCUUCGUCAUUAGAGUUAGCAAUGCCGAGAAUCUGGCUGAUCUGCAGGAGUUCGGCGUUGCCGGGAAAGAGAGGUUCAAAGUCGUAACGGGUCUGAGCGAAGACUCCGAGUACGAAAUCGAGCUGUACGGUGUCACUUUGGGAUGGCGCUCCAAGGCCAUCACCGGUGUAGCACAAACAGGUGUGGGUUCUCCCAAGGGCAUCCGCUUCUCUGACGUCACUGACACCUCCGCCACCGUUCACUGGACCGUGCCCCGCGCCCGAGUGGACAGCUACCGGGUCACCUACGUGCCAGCCCAGGGGGGAAGUCCUAUGACUGUGAAUGUGAACGGUGCUGUCUCCCAGACCGUGCUGUCCAACCUGACCCCUGGGGUCACCUACCAGGUGACUGUCAUCGCUGUGAAGAGUAUGGAGGAGAGUGAGCCUGGCUCAGCCAGUGUGACCACAGCCCUGGACAAGCCUCGCGGCCUGACGGCCAUCAACAUCACGGACACCGAGGCGCUGCUGAUGUGGCAGCCGUCCAUCGCCACCAUCGACGGCUACGUCAUCACCUACAGCUCGGACACAGUGGCCCCGGUGAUGGAGCGGGUUUCAGGGAACAUCGUGGAGUUCGAGAUGAGCUCCCUCACACCCGCCACGCACUACACCGUCAAGGUGUACGCUGUCAGAGAGGCCCAGAAGAGUGCCGCCACCAGCACAGACUUCACCACUGAUGUGGACGCCCCCCAGGACCUGGCAGCUAGUAAUAUUCAGACUGAGAGUGCCACACUGACCUGGAAGGCCCCUCGCGCUGACAUCACUGGCUACAUCCUCAGCUUCGAGUCAGCUGAUGGCGCUGUCAGGGAAGUGGUCCUGAGCCCCACAGCCACAUCCUACGGCAUGACCCAGCUGAGCGCCUCCACAGAGUACUCAGUGAGGCUUCAGGCCAUCGCCGGCCCCAAGAGGAGCCGCCACGUCACCACUGUCUUCACCACCAUUGGCGUGCUGUAUAAGUACCCGAAGGACUGCUCCCAGGCCCUGCUGAACGGAGAAACCUCCUCCGGCAUCUACACCAUCUACCUGGGCGGAGACGAGGGCCAGCCCCUCCAGGUGUACUGCGACAUGACCACGGAUGGAGGCGGCUGGAUUGUGUUCGUCCGACGCCAGAGCGGCAAACUGGAGUUCUUCCGGAACUGGCGGAACUACACCGCUGGCUUUGGUGACAUGAACGACGAGUUCUGGCUUGGUCUGUCGAACCUUCAUAAGAUCACAGCGUCGGGUCAGUACGAGCUGCGGGUGGACCUCCGAGACAAGGGCGAGACGGCCUACGCCCACUACGACAAGUUCAGCGUCUCCGAGCCCCGCAGCCGCUACAAGGUCCACGUGGGCGGCUACAGUGGCACUGCAGGUGACUCCAUGACCUACCACCACGGCCGCCCCUUCUCUACCUAUGACCACGACAACGACAUCGCCGUCACCAACUGCGCCCUCUCCUACAAGGGUGCCUUCUGGUACAAGAACUGCCACCGUGUCAACCUCAUGGGCCGGUACGGAGACAACAGCCACAGCAAGGGUGUUAACUGGUUCCACUGGAAAGGCCAUGAGCAUUCGAUCGAGUUCGCUGAGAUGAAGAUCCGGCCGUCCAACUUCAGAAACUUCGAAGGGAGGAGGAAACGAUCGUAGAACCGUUACCAUCCCUUUCACCCUCUUAUCCUCUUCCCCUGUCUCAUUCUCUCUCCUCUCACCCCCACGAAUCCAUUCACCCCUGUCACUACCAAAGCCACACUCCACCUGCCCACCCCCACCCCCACCCCCAGCAGACACGCCUCCUCAUUGCCCAGACCCACCCUACCCAGAAUCCUCCUGCACUUGAUUUCCAUUAACUGUCGUUUCCCACAUUUUCACAGCUGAAUUUCACGAACUGUUGCAGUUACCAUGGGCUUCUCAGUUCUCAGAUUAGCACCACACACUCUAAACACACACACAGGCAUGCACACGCACACACACGCACACACCAAAGAGAAGAACAUACUAUGUUUUAUAGGACAAGAGAUUUAAGCCUCCUUCUCUGUAAAGUUCAAGGUUGGGGGGUGGGGGUGGUUUACACACACAUCUGGCUUGGUGCUCUUACUUAUCAAACUGUAUUUGGUGUUCUCUGGUUUAAUUUUGCAUCUGGUUGCAACAUUUUACCACAGAAGGCAGAUGGUCUGUUUGUGGUCUUCUUUGUUACUGGGGCCUCCUCUUCACAAAGUAUUAACUUAUGUCUGCAUUGGACCGACUCAUUUCUCUGGUUUUCCCAGCCCCUAAUACACGCAGAACUGUCAUUACAGCUCAUUGGAAAUUACACAGGAUUAAAAAUGUUCGGAACAGAGACGAAAGGAUAAUAGAUUCUGGUUAUUCACCAAGUUAAACGGCCUCGUUCUGAGAUCCCGUCUGUUAAACUUUAUCAAAGAGGCUCCCAGAAGUCCUUUUCUCUUUUCUGUUUAUUAGUCUUUGUAUGACCCAUCCAUCCUGCCAUUCCUCACUCUUUCCUGCCAUCUUCCUCUCAUCCCCAUCUCCUCAGUUCAAGCCGUCCGCUGAAAGAGGGAAAGUUUGCCAGAGCAAUCAUGUGAUUUGAGUAUGCCCAGCUCUGCCCAUGCACUGAGAUGGUACCAGCACGUACUCCGCGCAUGGGUCCCGCACAUGAAACUACGCCACUCACAUAUCAAUGUUUGGCUUUGGGGUGCAGAAAAGAAAAAGAAAAAUUUUAAUAGUUAAUUAUUUCAAUUUAUUUCUUGAUUAAAUUUCUUCUACAAAUCCAAGGCAGGGCCUGUUAUUCAAUAUAUUAUUAAGAGUGAAAAACAACAACAAAGAUUUCUUACAUUUUCGCAAAAUGUGAAAAUGUACAAGGAGCCA